CUCCCGAGCGAGAAGGGUCCCGCCGUUGGCUUCGCUCCGUGGGCAGGCAGGCGGGCAGGCAGGCGGCGGCGCUCCGGGGGCUCCAGCGGCCGGCAACAGCGUCCCGAGCAGUCGGGGACAUGUCUUGGCGGGCGGGGCCCCGGCGGGCCGCUUGGAGGCGACGGACGGCGACGGCGGCUGAGACGGCGCUGAGGCCGAGUUCGCGUUCCCUCUGGAGACUGCACCGCUCGACGGUCUUCCGCCCUUGAAGGCGCCCGGCCGGCAUCGGGAAGGAGGAAGCGGCCCCCGGGGCGCCCCAGCAGCACGUUUCUGCCGCGGAGCUAAGACAUUGAGGAUUAUUCUGGCCCCAGGAGGCGCAGCAAUGAAGCUAUUGGAAAACUCACGUUUUGAAGCUCUAAACUCUCAGCUGACAGUGGAGACAGGAGAUGCGCACAUCAUUGGCAGGAUCGAGAGCUACUCAUGCAAGAUGGCUGGGGAUGACAAGCACCUCUUCAAGCAGUUCUGCCAGGAGGGCCAGCCGCACGUUCUGGAGGCCCUGUCGCCCCCACAGACCACGGGGAUCAGCCCCAGCAGGCUCAGCAAGAGCCAGAGUGGUGAUGAGGAGGGGCCGCUCAGUGACAAAUGCAGCCGCAAGACUCUCUUCUACCUGAUCGCAACGCUGAACGAGUCCUUCCGUCCUGACUACGACUUCAGCGCUGCCAAGAGCCACGAGUUCAGCCGGGAACCAAGCCUCAACUGGGUGGUGAAUGCUGUGAACUGCAGCCUCUUCUCUGCUGUGCGGGAGGAUUUCCCGGCCCUGAAGCCUCACCUCUGGGACGCUGUGGAUCAGGAGAUCUGUCUUUCAGAGUGUGACAUCUACAGCUACAACCCGGAUCUGGACUCGGACCCCUUUGGAGAGGAGGGCAGCCUGUGGUCCUUCAACUACUUCUUCUACAAUAAACGGCUGAAGCGGAUUGUGUUCUUCACCUGCCGCUCCAUCAGCGGCUCCAUGUACCCCCGCCCGGAGGCAGGAAAUGAGCUGGACAUGGACCUGAGUGAGGAUGAUGCGGCAGAGACUGCUGAGGCCUGCGACCAAGAAGGGAGCAGCAUCGAGGAGGACCGGAGGCAAGUGAUGUGCAUGUGACGGCCUGGACUGCCCUUUCCCAAGGAUGACACCUCCUCCGGACUCCCCCCUCCCUGCCGACCCAGCCUCCUCUGGCUCUGGCCGCCUGCCCUGCGGGUGCUGCGUGAUCCGUCGGUGCCUCGGGCUGCCUGUCGGCCCCCCAGUGCUCUUGCUGUGCAGCAAUGGAAACCCUCUUUUCAGACCAGGGCCGGCCGUUCCUGAAGCACUUCCUGGCCCAGCCUGUGGCCGAGAAACCGUUCAGAGUCCCGUCAGUGGGGAGUGGGGCAGGGCCAGGCCUCCCGUUGCUCCCAGUGCUGCAUCUCCUGGGACUGGCUGGCUCUGGGAAUCGUCCGUCUGUUUCCAGCGUGGUCCGUUGGGCGGCUUCUUGGCUGUGGCUUUGGGCGCCUUUUUACAUUUCCUGCUGCUGCAGCAGAUGCUGAAGGUUGUUGGAUGAAAGGUGGAAGCUGGACUAGUGGGGGGAAGGUCCCCCCCCCAACCCCCGUUCUGAAAACUUGCCUGAGACUUGUGGCACUGAAUGAGCGGAAGGAGGCCUCGCUGGGUGGGAGCUGGGCUUGAGUGCGCUGCCAAUGUCACUUUGCUUUCCGAAAGCCUUGAGAGUUUAUUUUUGUAUUCUUGCCCCCGAACCUGUGGUGGCGUCCCGUGGGGCAGAGCUGGGGCCGGCCCGCCUUCCAUCCCUGCUCAGCGAGUCCUUCCGUUCUCCUCCCUUCUCUGGCCCGAGGGCUGGUUGAGGGGAGCGUGUGGUGCUCUCGCCCCUUUGGCUGGGGCAGCAGCUCUCUGUGCCCCUCUUCUUGCCCCGUUCCUUUCUCUCUUCCAUGAUGUGCAAAUGUCCCUUCUCCCUCCCUCCCUUGUUCUCAGCCCUGACUCAGCUACCCUAAUGGGUGCUGUUCUUGACCUCUGGGCCGAAAGGGGGGGGCUUAUUUUCCUCUGGCCUUAGAGGUAGCAGAGAGGAAGGAUUGCUUGUCCGGCCGCAAACCCGGGGCACCUGAAUGGGCAGGGGCCCCCUCCCCCCCUUGAGCUGGUGCUGGCUGGAAGAGGGGCGGUGCUGGGCAGUAUUUCUUCACUGAAGCAUUUGCUGAAGGGAGCUCUUAGAAAGCAGCCUUUGGGCUUCUCCCUCCCCGCCAGGCCUGGGUGCUUGUCAGAAAAAACAGUCUUUGAAGUGGGGGGGGGGGCUCUGCUUCCUAGGCCUUGGCCCAGGCGAGACACUUCCACUCACUCUUCUCUUCUCCCUACUUACAGUUGGCCAAGACCCCUCCUCUGGGAGCCGCUGGGGCUGGCCAUCCCCUCUGCCUCUUCCUGCCUUUGCAUUCCUCACACUCCCCCUUGCAGGCAGCCCCUGACUUGGGCUGUUCUUUGCCUCCCCCCCCCCGCUUGUUUGCCUCCUCCGUUUGUUUUAACAAUGUUGCCUAGUAAUUUACUGUUGCAGCUAUAAAGUUUUUCUGUGGUUUAAA